ACACAAACACAAACAGAACCAAAAAAGGAAAAGAAAAACAAAAGACAAAGUUGACAAUUAUACACGUGAAUGAAUGAAUGUGAACAACCUUCUCAUUCUCUUGUGCUAAUCACAACCAAACCUCUAGAACAUGUCUUUGUGUUCUUCAAUAUACUUGUAAGAAUUUCAAUAUUUUCACUCUGAAAUUUCAACCCUUUUAGUUAUUUUUUCUUCUGAGGCUUAUUCAUGUGAUUUACCAUAUUCUAACUCAUUUCGUUGAUUUGUUACAGUACAUGAGAAUCAUAUUCAUAGGUGAUUGAAUUGUGUGAAUGAAAUGAAGUGUUUUUCCUAUUUCAAAUAUAAACACAAAGGUAGGGGUCAAAGAUCAGCACCUGAGCUAGAAGAGCAAGAGAAACAUCAGUUUUCAGGAUCUGAAAGAGUUACAAAGUCUUCUUGUUCAUCUACCUCUUCACCUAGGGGUAUACCAAAACUUUAUGAGGAGAAGGGCCAUAAUUUGAGGGUUUUUUCUUUCUCAGAGCUCAGCCGUGCGACGAGUGACUUCAAUAGGCUUCUUAAGAUAGGAGAAGGUGGUUUUGGAAGUGUAUUUAAAGGUUCAAUUAAGCCUGUUGGUGGAAAUGGUGAUCCUGUCUUAGUUGCCAUCAAAAGGCUUAACAAGGAUGCAUUGCAGGGUCAUAAGCAAUGGUUAACUGAAGUUCAGUUUCUUGGUGUUGUGGAGCAUCCAAACCUUGUCAAGCUUAUUGGAUAUUGUGCUGUGGAUGGUGAGAGAGGGAUUCAAAGAUUACUUGUGUAUGAAUACAUGCCGAAUCGAAGCUUAGAAGCUCAUCUGUUCAACAAAUCUUAUGAUCCUGUUCCUUGGAAAACAAGACUUGAAAUUGCACUUGGAGCAGCUCAAGGCUUAUCUUAUCUGCAUGAAGAAUUAGAAGUCCAGAUAAUAUAUCGCGAUUUUAAAUGUUCAAAUGUCUUGCUGGAUGAAAAUUUUAAGCCAAAACUUUCUGAUUUCGGACUCGCUAGGGAGGGACCGGAAGCUGGGGAUACCCAUGUUUCAACUGCUGUAAUGGGGACACAUGGUUAUGCCGCUCCAGAUUACAUUGAGACAGGCCAUCUCACCGCCAAGAGUGAUGUGUGGAGUUUUGGUGUUGUGCUAUACGAAAUGCUUACCGGUAGGCGUUCAUUGACAAGAAACCGACCAAAAACGGAACAGAAACUAUUGGAGUGGGUGAAGAACUACCCUCCUGAUAGCAAAAAGUUUGACAUGAUAAUGGAUCCAAGACUUGAAGGACAAUAUUCCAUUAACGCGGCACGAAAACUCGCCAAACUUGCGGAUCAUUGUCUGCGUAAGAGCUCGAAAGAUAGGCCGAGAAUGAGUCAGGUAGUAGAGAGAUUGAAGGAAAUAAUCCAAGCUUCUGAUAAAGAACAAGAAGAACAUCAUGACCCUAAUGAGAUUAACAGUGCUGAGGUAUCUGAAAAUGAUUCAUUUGAGCAUCAAGAAGAGUCAAAUUCAUCAGGCUCUACGGAGUUAUGGAGAAAGAGAAUGGAGCAUCUUGCAAAACUUGGUGAACAUGUGGAGGGUGCUAAUAGAAAAAUGUUUAUGAUUCAACAGAGAGCCAAUGUGUCUACAUAGUUCCAUCUGUUCUCUUCUCAGCAAUGAUGAGUGAUGGAUACUAAACACAAUGCAUAAAGUUUUUAUAUGAUUGAUGUAUAGAAUGGUGGAAACACUACAUUACUAGUGAUUUUUUUGAGUAGCCAUAUAUUUUGUUUAAUAUGAAUGGGAACUAAAUAUAGUAUAUAGCAGUUCUUAGUUGGCAUUUGUAUUGUUGAUAUGGUAAUUAAGUGAUUUUAUUUUAUGGUA